CCCUGGAGUAAAAAAGUCUUGGACCUAGACCACAAUAAACUUUUUGGACGUACAGCUUGGGGAUGGUGCAGAAUUAUUGGAUUUUACCUUGUGCGCCUGGUGUUUCAAUAGUGCCCACAGGAAUGAGUACAAUAGAUUUUCACCCACAUGACGAAACGGAAAUCGAUCCCAUAGCCGAGAAUAUAGAUCGAUUUUUUAAUAAAGUCGAAGCAAGUGGUCGGAGUAAAAAUGUUUUCGAUGCGUGCAACAGGGACAAAACAUGGGGUUAUUAUGAGAAAGAACCUUGUGUGUUCGUUAAAUUGAACAAAGUGUAUGGAUUCGAGCCAGAAACUUAUGAAUCAGAAUCGGAGCUACCCAAUGAUAGUCCCAGUGAAAUAGCAGAUUUAAUGGCCCAAUAUGGUGGUUUUGCAAAAAUUUGGUUAACAUGCGAUGCGACUGAUGAGGAAAACUCGCCAUCAAUCAACUAUAUACCCUAUCCAUAUUUUGAUACAAGCACCGAUAUGAAAGGUUUAAAUCGUGUGGUCGCCUUACAAUUAUCCGAAAUACCUACAAACGAAGAUAUAACCAUCAUCUGCAAAGUAUGGGCUAAAAAUAUUCGCAUUGAUAUGGAAUAUCGGGGUACUGGUCAUACAAGAUUCACGAUUAAGAUGCGUGGAAAGGCGUAGCUCCAUUACAAAGUUUGAGUUUAGAUUAUUUACAAAAUUAUAUUCAGCAUAAGGAAAAAUAAAAUUAUUCUCCCUUCAUAGGAUUAAUUACA